AUGGAGAGAGAAAAACAGAAGAAAGCUCAAAAAAAUGUGUCUAAACUAUUUCAUACCAAAUCGAAUAAAAAUGAAACAGAUAAUAUUGAUGAGCAUGUUUUAAAAAAAUAUGAUAUAAUAAAAAAAAUUGGAAAAGGAGCAUAUGGUAUAGUAUUCAAAGCUCGGUGUAGAAAAUAUAAAAAAAUAGUAGCCGUAAAAAAAAUCUUUGGAGCAUUUCAAAAUUCUACAGAUGCUCAAAGAACAUUUCGAGAAAUUAUGUUCUUACAUCAAUUAAAUGGUCAUGAUAAUAUAAUUAAACUAUUAGAUGUAAUGAGAGCUAAAAAUGAUCAAGACAUUUAUUUAGUAUUUGAAUAUAUGGAAACAGAUUUACAUGAAGUUAUAAGAGCAGAUAUAUUAGAAGAAGUUCAUAAAAAAUAUAUAAUAUAUCAAUUAUUAAGAGCACUGAAAUAUAUGCAUUCAGGUUUAUUAUUACAUAGAGAUAUUAAGCCAUCAAAUAUAUUACUAAAUUCAGAAUGUCAUUUAAAGAUAUGUGAUUUUGGAUUAGCUCGAAGUAUAUCAACAGAAGUCAAUGAAAAUAAAAUACCAGUGUUAACAGAUUAUGUAGCAACACGUUGGUAUAGAGCCCCUGAUAUUUUAUUAGGAAGUACAAAUUAUACAGAAGGUGUCGAUAUGUGGUCGCUUGGGUGCAUUAUGGCUGAAUUAUUAUUAGGAAAACCAUUAUUUAGAGGUAAUUCAACUAUGAAUCAACUAGAAAAAAUUAUUGAAAUAGUUGGAAAACCAAAUAAAAAAGAUAUUGAAGAUAUAAAAUCACCAUAUGCUGAAACUAUUAUAUCUUCUUUUGCUGAUACUGGAAAAAAAAAAAAAAAAUUUUCAGAAAUAUUUCAUAAAGCAUCUCAAGAUUCUAUAGAUCUACUUGAAAAAUUGUUACAAUUUAAUCCAACAAAAAGAAUAACAGCAGAAAAUGCUCUUAAACAUAAAUAUGUAGAAAACUUUCAUCUUUUAAUAGAGGAACCAAUUUGUAAACAUAUUAUUACGAUACCAGUUAAUGAGAGCACAAAAUAUAAAGUUGAUUUUUAUCGAAAUAUUAUAUAUUACAAUAUUUUAAAAAGGAAAAAAAAUUUGAUUCACAGAGAGGAUUAUACAAAUGUUCAAAUUAAUAAUGAUGUAAAGACAGAUGUGCCAAUAGAUGGUGAAAAAGAAAAUAAUUAUGAUAUUCAUCAAAUGGAUUCAACAAAAAAACGAGGAAAAAAAAAACGACAUUUUAUAUCUAACUCACCAAAUGCAAAUCUAGAGACGUAUCAAAAAUAUGAAACAAAUUGUAGAGAAAAUAAUUCACAAUAUCUUGUGGAAAAAAAAACAGAUAUGAAUACAACUCAAGGGAAUAAAGAAAAAGGAAGUAAUGCAAAAAAAAAAUUAAAAAAUAAAAUUAAACCAAAACAAAAAACAUUAACCAUAAAAAAUUCUGAAAAAAAAAAUACACUAAAUUAUUAUGAUAAAUCGGAAAUUUUACACGACAAAAAUGAAAAGUAUUAUUAUGAACAUACAGGUGAAAAUAAUAAUAAUAAUAAUGCAAAUGAACAAAAUGACUAUUACAAAAAUAUAGCUAAUCAAGAUAUUGAGUCUCAGUAUCGAAAUACAAUGGCUGUGCAUAAUUAUAACCCUGGUCAAGAUUUUAGUAAGCAUUAUUUUUAUAAACAAAAGAAAAAAUACUGA